GCAGGGAGGAAAAGUGCAGCUAGUUCUAGACCGCAGCUAUGGAUGCCUGGUAAGUAACUGGCCAGACCCUGGAAGCCAGAAGCAUACAAGGUGCUCGGCACCAAGACCAAUUCUACAGCUGAAUCUGCAAAACAAGGUACAGAAAGAUGGCUUGCUUUUCCUUCCUGAAGACGAUGAUGUUUGUGUUCAAUGGUGUGAUAUUUCUGGGGGGUGUGGCUGUGCUGAGCAUCGGAAUCUGGGUAAAAGUGGAUGGUGGCUCCUUUGUGAAGAUCCUGGGAGCUGCAGCUCCACAUCUGAUGCAGCUGAUCAAUGUGGGCUACCUGUGUAUUGCUGUUGGCACCUUCCUCCUCCUCGUGGGCUUUAUGGGAUGCUGGGGGGCCAUGAAGGAAAGCAAAUGCCUGCUGCUGAUGUUCUUUGGGAUCGUACUGAUUCUCUUCAUAGCGGAAGUGGCUGGGGCUGUUGUGGUGCUGGCUUUCUCCUCUGUGGCAGAUAUAUUUGUUGAUCACUUGAAAAGCUGGGCCUUGAAGACUUUAAAACAGGACUAUGGGAAACAAGAUGAUAUCACAGCUAUUUGGAACACUACAAUGAAAGAGCUGCAGUGCUGUGGAUUCAACAACUACACUGAUUUUGACAAUUCCUACUUCUAUCAAGCUCACAAAAAUUAUCCCCCCUUUUGCUGCCCAGAGAGCCAAGAAUGCCAGGGAGCUGCUAUAGACCCUAGCAAGCAGGGUUGCCUGCGUCAAUUUGAGGUGUUCUUGAGCAGCAAAGGGAAGAUUGUCGGAGGGGUGUCUCUAGGGAUUGGGGUCCUUGAGUUGGCUGCCAUGGCCGUCGCCUUGAUUCUCUAUUGUCAGAUUGGCACAAAUGUCUGAAGCAAAGUCUGCACCAACAACUCAGCUCUGGCUCAAGCUGUCAUCCUCGCCACCUACCAUCAAACUGAUUUGAGCAACGCAGAGCAAAUGGGGCAACACUCUUGACUGGAUCUUGUCCCUCAUUCAUAAUUAGCAAUAGUUCAUUGUCAAUUGGUACCUUUUAAUAAUCCAUAAUUCAAACCAUAGAUAUAUAUAUAUAUAUUUAUACACACACACACACAAUCACAAAUGCUUUUGCUUCCAAAAACAACUGGAAAACCAUGAAAGAUAAACCUUUUGUGUUAUGCUUCCCUGCCCCUUUCCCUGUGUGGGAGGAUUGGUGCAGCAGGGCAGCUUCAACAGGGUCAAGUUCCUUUGGCGGAGAGCACACUGAAGACUUGUGCUAUCUUUGUAAUCAUCUAUUUACAAAUGUACAGGCUUAGUGGGCAUUAUGCAAGGGCAAAAGCAAGCUCACAGGUAGGCAGUGCUUGUCCCAAAGCAAUCCCAGCAUCCUCGAGCCCAAAAGUGCCUUCCUCUCUGUCUGAGCCAUUUUGCCAGACCAGGCAGAAUUGACUUGAGCUUUCACCCUGGCAAGGUGGGUGUGACUCAAGGUACAUUCAGAUACAUCCAACACAACUGGGAUUCAUUUUCCAGUCUAGAGCUUGUUUUUAAUGUGUAACUACUAGGCUGCUGCAAGUUUUAAUCAGUUUCAUUGGUAACCAGUACAAUCUUUAGUUAAUUUAUUGGCAGCAGCCUAUUUUAAGUGGUGAGGCUGUCAAUUAACGACAGAUGUGUUUAUUUUCCUGAGGCUAUUUUGGUUCUAGUGUGUCCCUGCAACAGGGAGUAGAAAAAGAAAAAGAUGGCCUGCCUUCUAACAAGGAGCAGGAACUUUUGUUAAUUAAAUUGGUGAUUUUACACUGGAA